AUGGAUGCCACCACCACGGAUACACCACUCCCCAAUAACAAUGACACGCACAAUGAUACCCUCUUAGCCUUGAGCUCGGAUGACAAUGAUACCCCAAUGGCCACAGACAAGAAAAAGACAACCAUCGACUUGUCCGAUUCAGACAAUGACAGCGACGAUCAAGGCGGUUUGACGGGUGUAGACAACCUCAACAUUUCAGCUAGAUUGAAGCGUCUAAUGCGAGACACUACUUUGACGAGUGCAUUGGACGACGACGAUGAUAGCGAUGACGACGAUGACCCACUCAAGGACAAUGUCUUGUUUCGUACGCCUGCUGCAGUCAAGACACCUGCUGUACAAUCACUUCUUCGCACUGAGCCAUCACCUCGUCUCGAUAAAAGCAAUUACGAUGAUGAUAGCAGCAGCAAUGAUGAGGGUAAUGAUAUGAUACAUCAACGAUUGCCAGCUGCAGUUUCGUCACCUACAGCAAAUCGACAUCCACCUCGUCAAAGACGACCGCUCGAUUUCUUUGCCGGCAACAGCGAGAGUAGUAGCAGCAGCAGCAGUAGUGAAAAUGAGCAACAACAAAAACAACCACGACGACGACGUCAACAACAACCCAAAAAGACACGUCAAAAGAAAAAGACUUCAUCGACAACACCAGCAGCAACAGCAGCCGUAUCAGAUGAUGAUAGUGAGGAUGAUAAUGAGGAUGAGGAUGGGAAAAAGAGAAAGCGACCACCAAAACGUGCAAUGUCAAAACGUGCUGAACGAUUGAUGCAUCAAGAGAAUCAGCGUUUAACACGUACAACGGUUGCCAAGCUACAGCCACGUACCGACAAACUUUCCUUCAAUCACGUCAUGGAGAAAUUCAAACAGCAACGCCUAUUGUCAUCAUCAUCAUCACCACCUCAAGACAAAUCACCCAAUACCAUGAUCCGUGAAAAAGUCAAAGCACUGAAUGAUGACAGCGACAGUGAUUUGGAGAUUGUGCACCCACAAGCUGUCAAGGAAGUGGAUUUUGCAUCACCUGAUCGACCUCGAUUACCUUUUGAACAAUUCCAGUCAUCACCCUCGCCUUUAAGGAAUCGACCCAUGACACAUCGCGAUCUCAACAAACGAUUACAGGAUAUGAUGGCAAAAGAAAUGCUUGAACGUCGACGCCAUAUGGAAGAAAAAGCACGUGCUACGGGUACCUUUAAGACCACCGAGGAAAUUGUACGGCAUCAAUUGGCACUUGAGAAACAGGCUCAGCAAAUUGGUAUGCAAGUCAAUGAGCAUUUUAUCAGAGAAAGUGGACGCAAGAGUCGACCUUCCAAUGAUGACGACAAAGUACCUGAUGAAGAAGAUGAAGAUGUCUUUGAGGAAUUGUUUUUAUCGGGUGAAGAAGAAGGAGAAGAAGAAGAGGUUGGCGAGGAUGACAAUGAAGAAGACGUGCACAUGGAAGAGAAUGGGGAUGACAAGGAGAAUGAAGCCACCAAUCCACCAGAGGCGAUGCCGAAGGAUGAUGGUGAUGAUCAACCUAUUCGCAAAAGAAAACGCAACAACGUCUUGUUCAGCGAUGAUGAUGAAGAAGCUAGCGACACAGGAUCAGAAAAGCAAGUCGAUCAGCCAAUGGAAGACAACAUGGUGGAUACAGCAGCAACAGCAGCACCACCUAUCAAACACCAACGCAAGGAAAAGAGUGAAUACUUGGAUGCUGAAGCUCAGGAAUCAGAAGAUGAAUACUUUGGCGCUGGUGGUCCGGAUGCGGAUGAGGAUGAAGAUGAUGCUCGUCUUGAUCAGUAUGAAAAAGAUGGGAUGCUUGUGGAUAAAACGGAUGAACAUGUGGAUGAAGCGACAUUACGUGCAGCACUCAAUUCACAAUUGGCCGAAUCCGAUAAACACAUGGUGGAGCGGUUGCUUAAGGAUAUUAUGAGUGGUGAUUUGAGACGUCGUCGUGCAGCACGUGAAGCAGGCCUCAUGUUGGAUGAUUACGAUAUCUAUGACGAUCCAGAAGACAAUGAUUUGAUUGCAUUACGACGUGCAGCCAACGAACGACGUAAACGAUUAUUGGACCAAAGUGGCGAUCCAAUUCAAGCCUUGGCCCGUGAUCCAAAAACAGCAGCAUUUGCAAAAGCUCUCCAAUCAAUGCCUGAAGAUCCUCAAGGUUUGGAUUUGAGUGACCAUGAACAAGAAGAUGAUAUGAUGCAAGGCAGUGAUGGGGAUGAUGAUGAGGAUGAGGAUGAUGAUCUUGAUCCACGAAGUAACUUGAGUCUUGUGAUUCCAGAGGAUGAGGAAGAGCAAGAGGAUGAAGCACCUGAUAGUCGCCACAUGAUGACGCUGGAUGACAGUGAUGAGGAACAAGGAUUAGCAGUCGUUGAGCGACAAGAACGACCGGUUAUUACCAGAGAUCAAAGGAUGCGAGAUCAACAACGACAACGAUUAAAACGACUUUUGGCUGAAUCAGGAGGAAAUUUGGGCGCACCUGCUGAGAACAGUGCACGUGUUGGUUUAACAGCAAAAUCACAGCCAACGGAACGCAAGGUGGCACGAUACAUGGAGUUACCCAAAGCUGCACUUGAUGAAAGUCCACUACAGAAGCGUGAACCUCGUCUAUUGGGAAUGUUAAAGCCACCAAAUAAGCGAUAA